AUGGCUCCUUCUGCUACCGAUGAGUGCGUUGACGGGACUGUCCUGACCCUUCGUAAGGUCCUCGUCUCCGAAUCUGAGCCCCUCGCUCGUCGCUUCCGCGCUCUUUUCUCUCUUAAGCACCUGGCUUGCCUGCAGCCUCCCACCGAGAAGACUCUCCCUGCUAUUCAAGCGAUCGCCGCUGGUUUCGCGUCCCAAUCCGCUCUUCUCAAGCAUGAGCUCGCAUACUGCCUUGGUCAAACCCGCAACCCAGACUCCGUUUCAUACUUGCAGCAGGUCGUUAAAGAUGUGGAGGAGGAUGCGAUGUGUCGUCAUGAGGCCGCAGAGGCUCUCGGUGCCCUUGGAUACGCUGAAAGCUUGGAAAUUCUGAAGAAGCUGCGUGAUGAUGAGAACGAGUUGGAAAUUGUUCGGGAGACUUGUGACAUCGCUGUUGACCGCAUUGUCUGGGAGAACUCCGAGGAGAGAAAGGCGGAGAAACUUAAGCCUAGUGACUUCACCUCUAUCGACCCUGCUCCUCCUAUGCCAUUGAAAGCGAACGAACCCUCUAUUCCCGAACUUGAGAAGACCUUGCUCGACACAAAGCUGCCUCUUUUCCAAAGAUACCGCGCCAUGUUCGGUCUCCGCGACCUUGCCUCGCCUCCCGAUCUCCCCACAGCGGUCGAUGCUAUUAACUCAUUGGCCAAGGGUCUUAAGGACCCCUCUGCUCUGUUCCGUCACGAGGUCGCUUUUGUUUUCGGGCAGCUGUGCCACCCCGCAUCCAUUCCCUGCCUCACAGAGUGCCUUGGUGACCUGAAGGAGGUUGGUAUGGUACGACACGAAGCCGCUGAGGCCCUAGGCAGUCUGGGUGACGAGGAGGGAGUUGAAGAUACCCUGAAGAAGUUCCUGAAUGACCCCGAGCAGGUGGUGCGGGAUAGUGUGAUUGUGGCUCUUGACAUGGCGGAGUUUGAGAAGAGUGGCCAGGUGGAAUAUGCCUUGGUACCUGAUGGAAAUGCCGUCGCAGCUUGA